CCAAAUAAGGUAAAGGGCGGAACAAGCAUUCGACGUGAGAGUGUGUGGGAGUUGUCGCUUGUCGAGUGUUCUCACCGUAGACGGUUGUGCGUCCGCUUGUCAUCGGGGAUUCGUUUCGUUUCGAAUUCGCUGAACAUUAAGCAAUUGCAGAGCAGCCGUUUCGUCGGAGCGAGAUGUCGUACGAGACAAAAUACAUAUUUGCCACAUUACCGAGGACUCAAAGAGGGCAACCUCUUGUAUUAGGUGGCGAUCCUAAGGGAAAGAACUUUUUAUAUACUAAUGGUAAUAGUGUCAUCAUUAGAAAUAUUGAUAAUCCAGCAAUUGCGGAUAUUUACACGGAACAUUCUUGUCCUGUAAACGUCGCCAAAUACUCUCCAAGUGGUUUCUACAUCGCUUCGGGAGAUCAAUCGGGUAAAGUACGUAUUUGGGAUACAGUUAACAAGGAGCACAUAUUGAAAAAUGAAUUCCAUCCUAUCGGCGGGCCGAUCAAGGACAUCGCCUGGUCCCAAGACAGUCAGCGCAUCGUCGUGGUCGGAGAAGGAAGAGAAAGAUUCGGGCAUGUUUUUAUGGCGGAAACCGGAACAUCGGUAGGCGAGAUCUCCGGCCAGAGCAAACCCAUCAACUCGUGCGACUUUAGACCAACGAGACCGUUCAGAUUAAUAACUGGGAGUGAAGAUAACACCAUCGCUGUAUUCGAAGGACCACCAUUCAAAUUCAAGAUGACGAAGCAGGAGCACACGCGUUUCGUUCAGACUGUACGUUACUCGCCUGACGGGAAUUUGUUUGCUUCCGGCGGAUUCGACGGUAAAGUGUUCAUAUACAACGGGACAACAUCCGAUCUCGUCGGUGAAAUAGGAUCUCCUGCGCAUCAAGGUGGCGUUUAUGGGGUUGCAUGGAAAUCCGACGGUAAGCAGUUAUUAACUGCUUCUGGAGAUAAGACUUGUAAAUUGUGGGACGUUGAGACACGUUCGUUAAUUACGGAAUUCAAUAUGGGAACAACGGUCGAUGAUCAGCAGGUGAGCUGCCUCUGGCAAGGAAACCACUUGUUAUCCGUGUCACUCAGCGGCUUCAUCAAUUAUCUCGACAUUGAUAAUCCUGAUAAGCCUAUCAGAAUAAUAAAGGGUCAUAAUAAACCGAUAACGGUACUAACAUUAAGUCCCGAUAGAGGUACGAUUUACACUGGUUCCCACGACGGUUUUAUCACCAAUUGGAAUGCAGAGACGGGAGAGAAUGAUCGCGUGCAAGGGCACGGUCAUGGUAAUCAAAUUAACGGGAUGAAGGCUGUGGGUAAUUUACUUUACACUGCUGGCAUCGACGAUACCUUGAGGUCAGUUGAUAUCGCGUCGAACGCGUACGCAGAAACUUCAGUGGUAAAACUGGAUUCGCAACCACGAGGCCUGGAUAUAUGUGACGAUAUAGUUGUGGUGGCUUCGGUUCGACAGAUUGCAGUUACGCAAAAUGAUAAAAAACUGUCUAGUAUAGCGAUCGAUUAUGAGCCAUCAUGUGUGUCAAUUAAUCAAGAAACCAGAGAUGUAGCUAUUGGAUCCACGUCCGACAAUAAAGUUUACAUCUACGAAUUGUCAGAUACAACACUAACUCAAAAGACUGAAUUAGAACACCUAGGUCCAGUUACGGAUGUCUCAUAUAGUCCCGAUAAUAAAUAUUUAGUCGCCUGUGAUGCAAACAGAAAAGUUAUAUUAUACGCCGUACCAGAAUACAAGAGGUUGGCGCACAAUAGAGAAUGGGGCUUCCAUAACGCGCGAGUAAAUUCGGUCGCGUGGUCUGCAAAUUCCGACAUGGUUGCGAGUGGCAGUCUUGACACGACUAUCAUUAUCUGGAGCGUAACGAAUCCAGCAAAACACACCAUCAUUAAGAAUGCUCAUCCUCAAAGUCAGAUAACGCGCUUAGUGUGGUUGGACGAGGAAACUCUAAUCUCGGUCGGACAAGACUGCAAUACUAAAAUAUGGCGUAUAGAAAAGAUAUAAAUUAUCUUUUGGAAGAAUUUAUCGUGUCACUUUUAAGGAAAGCAUCGGACUUUGGAAGCAUUUUAUUUAUUUCGUAGUCUACGAAUAUUGUAUAUUAUUUUUUAAUACAAUCCUUGAUAUAUGAUUAAAAAGAUUAUAUUGCAAACUUUUACACGUGUUUUCGCAUUGAUUUUAUUAAUAAAAACAAAAUUCUACAUUCCA